CAUUGGCUGUCGGUGAUAAUCGGUCAACAAGAGGACCGGAGGGAAGGAGGCAGGAGGGCACAGGGCAGCAUGUGUACAGCUACUUAGCCUACUCAUAAUUACUUGUUCAAAACGAUUCACCCGCUUAAUUUCACAUUGACCCGAGACACUGAAUUGUUUUGUGGCGGUCGUUGACAAUGUUGUUGUGUCGCACGGCGAGCCUGUCUGCCCUGGAUCCGGCUUUCAAGUCCACGGGCUCGUUUCUAGCGCGAGUCAAAGCAAACAGACUGAGGGACGUCACUGUGACAUUACGCAAGGGUUACACGUUUCAGCGGUACCGGUGUUUCUGUGGUUCCGUCCCGGGUGUCGAUGCAACUCUUGAGCUCCUGGGGAAACAACAACAACAACACAGCCCGGACCGGGGACCUGUCCAGCACCGGGACUCACCGUGUGCUCCACACCGGCGACACUUCGACCGGGUGGCUACUAUAGCUGUGAAUCUAUCCGAAUGCGUGCAAAGUAAACGCGGUAAUGUAGAUAUUAUCGCGCGUGCAAACAGGCUGAGCAGAGGGGAGCUGGCUAAUGGUUUGUUUACAGGUUACUGGGGGGUUUCAAGUCGACUCUGCUCCACAGGGACAAUGCAGACCCGAUCCUUUUCCACGAAGAAGAGCGAAGCCGGAGAGGAGCACACGGCUAACAACACAGAGAAGGCCCCUACUACUUCCUCAUCCACAGAGAAGACUGCGGGGGAGUCUGAGCCAGAGGGAGGAAAACCAAACAAGACCCAGCAGCUGAAGAAAGUCUUCAAGGAGUAUGGAGUGGUGGGAGUGUCCUUUCACACCGGGUUGUCCCUCAUGUCUCUGGGAAUGUUCUACCUCCUUGUAUCCAGUGGGAUGGAUAUGGGGGCCGUCCUCUGCAAAAUGGGCUUCAGCGAGGCGGUGGACAGCUCUAAGAUGGCUGCCGGGACCAGCACAGUCGUCUUGGCCUACGCCAUCCACAAGCUCUUUGCUCCGCUGCGCAUCAGCAUCACUCUGGUGUCAGUGCCUCUCAUCGUGCGCUACUUCAGAAAGACUGGUCUCUUUAAGCCACCCACAACUGCACCCUGAAGCCCGCCCCCAUCCUCCGCUGUCAUUAAAGAACAAACAUCCUGACCGUUUAAAGCCAUAAUUACAACGCCUGAAAAUAUCCUUACUCAUUGCCUUCAUUUGGAAAAGCCUCAUCUUCUCUCAGUGGUGAAUUGAAGUGAAACACUGUCUCCAUUAGUUCUAGUUGCAACAGACUCAAGGUGUUUAGUUGUGUUACUGUAGGAUUAAAGUGUGACUGCUCUCUGAAAAAAGAAACAUUUGGAGUCAUGUCUCAAUGUGUGUGCAUUCCAGAAGCAAAGACUGGUACAGCUCAAAUAUUUAUUUACAAUCAGAGGUAUGAUCAGGGGUCUUUGAGCGGGGCUGUUUCUAAUGCUGUAAGACGGUCCCUGUGGGGACACGUUAAAAAAGCUCAUCUCCCCUGCUAGGUGACUGGCCUUGUUCUGGUGUUGUGUGACUCAGCAGAAUCAUUCAGGUUCUCUCUCUCUGUCCUACCUCGCUCCUGUCUCUCCUCGUCCCCUCCCUGCUCAGACGCCUACGCUCUGUUUUUAUUUCUACUGUUUGCUUCCCUGCUAUUUUUCUCCUCAACACCUCUGCUGGCAUCCAUUGUCUUCCUCCCUUCUCCCUUUGCUGUUCCUCUCUCCCCUUUUCCUCUCUAUCUGCGCUCCCUUUUGUUUUUACAUUUUAUAAAUGCCACGGCCCAUGCAGUAAAGUAGAGUCCAUUCAUCUCUGAGUGGAGCUGAAUGUCAUUAUUUGCAAAUCUUGGAUGAAAAAGUUGGUUUGUGAAUGGACUGUAUUUAACUAUUUAAAAAAGUUAUCUUUUAUA